AUGAAUGAUCUGCUGACGAAGAAGAAGAAAGUAAGUUGUGAGACGGUGGACAAUCUCCACCAUUGUAGUGUUGUUUUAUCACAGUCCUUAGUAUAUAAAAAGCUUGAUCCUGGUAAUUUCACUAUUCCAUGCAUAGUAGGAACCGUAAAAUUUGAGAAAGCUUUGUGUGACCAUGGCAUAAGUAUUAAUUUGAUUUCACUGGCCGUCUAUAAGAGGCUUGAUAUAGGGGUAACUACUCCUACAAACUUGCGACUCGUGAUGGAAGAUAGAUCAAUCAAAAGACCUGUAGGUAUUCUACAUGACGUGCUGGUGAAAGUGGCCGACUUCAUUCUGCCUGCAAAUUUUGUGGUUCUAGACUAUGAUGCUGAUUUUGAGGUGCCUAUUAUUCUUGUAAGACCAUUAUUGGCCACAGUGAGAGUGCUAGUUUAUUUGGAGCUCAAUGAGCUCAACUUUCGAGUUGGCAAAAAUGAAGCAAAGUUUAAAAUGCGCUCAUCUACAGUGAAUCAAGAAGAGAUAAGUGUAUUGGCAGUCAUGGAUGUAUUCUAUGUGGAUGACCAAAGGUAUCGGUAUAAUGUCUUGGUGAAGUCUGAGUAG